AAUUGCGUUAACACGCCGACAAUAUAACCGGUGCAAGGUGGCUCGCGUUAUUUCUAAUAUCCUUGAAAUUUUAUACUUUCGAGGAUGCAAAUUUUACGACAAUUGGACGUGCACCCAAAGGUGCGCGAAGAGGCCGAUAUUCUCAUUAGAACAUUCAGCGGUGCUGUCGGUAAUAUACGUUUCUAUUAUAGUGACUAUCAUUAGUACCAUUAUCAUGGGAAUAUUAUUUUUAUCCGAAGUAAACUAUUAUCUUACGCCUACACUAAGUGAAGAAUUAUUCGUUGAUACAUCAAGAGGGUCCAAAUUAAGAAUUAAUUUGGAUAUAAUAGUUCCUGCAAUAUCAUGCGAUCUUCUAUCGAUUGAUGCCAUGGACACAACUGGUGAACAACAUUUGCAAAUAGAACAUAAUAUAUUUAAGCGGCGUCUGGAUUUAAGUGGAAAACCUAUAGAAGAUCCACAAAAAGCAAAUAUUACAGACACAAAGGCUCUCAGUAAAACUACAGAGAAGACAAUAGGGAAUAUUACAGCUGAAACAUGUGGAGAUUGCUAUGGAGCUGCCAAUGAAGCAUCAGGUAUAAAAUGUUGUAAUACGUGCGAAGAUGUCAAAGAAGCAUAUAGGCUUAGGCAAUGGGCUCUUCCUGUCCCAUCUACGAUAAAACAAUGUCAGAAUGAUAAGUCGGUAGAAAAGAUGAAACAUGCUUUUACACAAGGCUGUCAAAUUUAUGGUUAUAUGGAGGUAAAUAGAGUGGGUGGAAGCUUUCAUAUUGCACCAGGUGAUAGUUUCUCCGUUAAUCAUGUACAUGUACACGAUGUGCAGCCCUAUUCUUCGUCUCAAUUCAACAUGACCCACAAAAUUCGCCAUUUAAGUUUUGGAUUAAAUAUACCAGGAAAAACAAACCCGAUGGAUGACACUCUUGUAAUUGCAAGGGAAGGAGCAAUGAUGUUUUACCAUUAUAUAAAAAUUGUACCGACUACCUAUGUGCGUGCGGAUGGUUCAACCCUUUUAACAAAUCAAUUUUCUGUAACGCGGCAUUCCAAGCAGGUUUCUCUGUUUACCGGCGAAUCAGGCAUGCCUGGAAUAUUUUUCAGUUACGAAUUAAGUCCUUUGAUGGUCAAAUAUACGGAAAAGGCAAAGUCUUUUGGACAUUUUGCGACCAACACCUGUGCCAUUAUCGGUGGCGUUUUCACGGUAGCAGGAUUGAUAGAUUCGCUUUUGUAUCAUUCAGUACGAGCGAUACAAAAGAAAAUUGAACUAGGAAAAUACAAUUAGAUUGGAAAAUGUGUGAACAAAGACAAUUUCGGAGUGCGCGCAUCUUUCUAUUGGAAUUUUUCGAUUUUUUAUUCGCACAAAGACAAUUCAUAUAUAUAUAUAUAUAUAUGAUCUUCGAUCCGUACGUUGUGACCACAUGACAGAAGAAUCUCGCAGGAAAAGUGAACUUCGUAUGCAGCAAAGCUGAUCAGUAAUUACAACAAUCUAUGUAUCAUAGCAUUUUAUUACACGUUUUUGGACUGUUUAAUCGUCAGCGACAAACAGCAUGAAUAAUCGUCCAGACCAACUGCGAUGUAAAAUAUUUGUGUAUACCAAGUUUGUAAAUAUCAAGAAAAACAAAUCAGAUAAAAGAAAUACAAAAAUGUAAUAAAAGGAAAAUAUGAAGGAGAAGGAGGAGGCGCUUAUCGAUAAAAAUA